AUGAAGUUUGUUGUUUACGCCUACAGCAGGUUGAAGAUGGCCGCUGGAGACAACAGCGGCAGGCCUCCUUGCCUUAGUUACUCCGGCCCGGGUCCUUUAGGGAACAGCCAGCCCAGCAACAGCGUUUUCUCAAUGCCAGCAUCCAACGGCGGAGCGGUCGGUGCUGCCGGGGGAGCGCAGGGAACGACGAGGCGACCCAACCCGCAGUUGGGGCCUGCCGGAGCAGACGGCGGCGGCGUAUCGAGCGGAGCUCCGCCGUCUGCGCAGAACCCCCUGCAGCCGUCCGCUGCGUCAGGUGUUGCUUCUGUCGCAGCCGGAGCCAUGGCCUCCCCGGCGUCCAACAUGACAAGCGGCGCAGCGUCGAACGCCUCCCCGGCCGCUGCGCCGAGCGCCACUCCGGCUGCAGCGUCCGUGCUUGUGUACAGAGAACCGGUAUACAACUGGCAGGCGACAAAGAGCACCGUCAAGGAGAGGUUUGCGUUUCUCUUCAACAACGAGGUGCUCAGUGACGUUCAUUUCUUGGUUGGCAAAGGAAUGGGCGUUCAGAGAAUACCAGCUCACAGGUUUGUCCUGGCUGUGGGCAGCGCAGUGUUUGAUGCUAUGUUUAACGGCGGCAUGGCGACCACCUCUACGGAAAUCGAACUUCCGGACGUGGAACCAGCUGCUUUUCUGGCUCUGCUAAAGUUCCUGUAUUCAGAUGAAGUCCAGAUCGGCCCUGAAACUGUGAUGACCACCCUAUAUACAGCCAAGAAGUACGCAGUUCCAGCCCUGGAGGCUCACUGUGUGGAGUUCCUGAAGAAAAACCUCAGAGCAGACAAUGCUUUCAUGCUGCUUACUCAGGCUCGUUUGUUUGAUGAGCCACAGCUUGCCAGCCUUUGUUUGGAGAACAUUGACAAGAACACUGGAGACGCUCUUGCUGCUGAAGGUUUCACAGACAUAGAUCUGGAUACUUUGGUGGCAGUGUUGGAGAGGGACACUUUAGGAGUAAGGGAGGUGCGUUUGUUUGGAGCCGCCGUUCGCUGGGCUGAGGCCGAGGCUCGCAGGCAGCAGCUUCAACCCACUCCAGAAAACAUGCGUAAAGCCCUGGGAAAAGCUCUCACGCUCAUCCGCUUCCCUCUCAUGACCAUCGAGGAGUUUGCAGCAGGUCCUGCCCAGUCUAACAUUCUAACAGACAGAGAGGUGGUGAGUCUUUUCCUCCACUUUACAGUAAACCCAAAGCCACGUGUGGAUUUCAUCGACCGUCCUCGCUGCUGCCUCCGCGGGAAGGAGUGCAGCAUCACCAGAUUUGGCCAGGUGGAGAGCCGCUGGGGCUACAGCGGGACGAGCGACCGUAUACGGUUCUCUGUUAACAGAAGGAUUUUUGUGGUUGGAUUUGGACUUUAUGGAUCUAUUCACGGACCUACAGACUACCAAGUCAAUAUACAGAUAAUCCACACAGACAGCAACACUGUGCUGGGACAGAACGACACAGGCUUCAGCUGUGAUGGGUCAGCAAACACCUUCAGGGUCAUGUUCAAGGAGCCGGUGGAGGUUCUACCCAGUGUCAACUACACUGCCUGCGCCACACUGAAGGGUCCUGACUCUCAUUAUGGGACCAAGGGAAUGCGAAAGGUAACGCAUGAGUCAUCCUCUACCGGCACAAAGACCUGCUUCACCUUCUGCUACGCUGCGGGCAACAACAACGGCACUUCUGUAGAAGACGGACAGAUCCCAGAGGUCAUCUUCUACACAUAGUCACCCCCAGACGUCCCAGAAAUCUUCCAUCAAAUGUGACAACCCGACACCAGCGCAAGGCCACACCUCCGCAGCCAUACUGGGGACUAAUCUGUCAGACUCAAACUGUUCCCUCCUCACAAUGUGUGACUGUUAGCUGCAUGGGAGGACAAAUAGCUGGUGGACGACGUGGCUUGUUGUGUGAGGCGACGCCUGUCGACUACCUUAGUGCUCUAAUUUUACAAGCUCACUGAAACCAGCUGGGAAUGAUGCAGAGAUGUCUGAUCUGGAGGGGGUCUCUCAGAUUAUUCACAGUAUCAUUGUCACUGCUUCGGGUUGACAGCAUAAAGCUUGACACAGGAUUAUUAUUUUUUAAAUCUGUAGAAUCCUCCUCCUCCGAUGCUUGAUGGCAAAGGAGACCCAACUGUAAGAUUGUAAAGUUUAACAAAUUUGCCAAGAUGAAUCCUUGUAGCGUUUUGUACAGAGUCAGCUCUGCAUCAACUGUAACUUCCACUCAAUGAUGGACCUCAUAGGCUUCAUGAAACCUUGAAUUUGAACCAGACUUCAUGACAAUGUUAAGAGGUAUGACUAAGAUGAGCAUUUUUUUCUGUUUUUUACUUAACAGUACAAUCUGUGAUUUCUUGUGUCUUUGCUUGGUAGUUGCCUAUACCUGGUAUACAUUGCACUUCUUGGCCUUGCCUUCCUUUUAUUUUGUUGCUCUGUGAAUGCACACUAACUUUUUUUUUAAGCUUUAUUUUAAAAGUUGUGGGUGGAAGAGAUUUUUCUCGUGGUGCCGAAGUUGAUGGGUUGUA